CGGUUACAGCGUUUUGCCUAGCCUUACUGGCGCCUUAGUGCGAUACGCUCGACGGGGACCAGCGUGUGAAACACGGUUGAUGACCUGGAGUGUGGGCAAAGAGAGCAUCUAGUGUUGACAUUUGAUGGGGGCCCAUUGUUGUUAAAGGAGGGUUGAAUCACCUUCAUUUAGUCACCAAACCCUGUGAUAUCCGGACAGGUUGCUCAGAAGAACGGAAACCGGUCUAUAAACGGUGAAAUAACAGCCCGAUGCCAGCUCCGGUUACCAGAACAAACACAAGCUGAUCGCGAAUAAAUCUUGCUUGACUUUGACCCCAUUUGUUGUAAACAUAAAGGACGACUACUCAUCAUGUCUAACGCUGUUACCAGUAAUGAUGCCUGUCUCAGCAUUGUACAUAGUUUAAUGUGUCACAGACAGGGAGGUGAAUCAGAAAGUUUUGCCAAAAGAGCAAUAGAAAGCUUGGUGAAAAAGUUAAAGGAGAAACGAGAUGAACUGGAUAGUUUAAUUACUGCAAUCACAACUAACGGAGCUCACCCUAGUAAAUGUGUGACUAUACAGAGAACACUAGAUGGCAGACUCCAGGUUGCAGGACGAAAGGGCUUCCCUCAUGUCAUUUACGCAAGGCUGUGGCGGUGGCCAGAUCUGCAUAAAAAUGAACUUAAACACAUGAAAUUUUGUCAAUAUGCAUUUGAUCUUAAGUGUGACAGUGUGUGCGUCAAUCCCUAUCAUUACGAACGCGUUGUUUCACCAGGAAUAGAUUUAUCUGGGUUGACACUUCACCAAACAGGCCCACCUAGUAGACUUGUGAAAGAUGAAUUUGUACACGAGUGUGUACAAGUCGAGGGCGCUCCCACGGGUAGUAACGGCUCUUUACAGACUAUACAACACCCUGCUGUACAGCAGACUCAGCUACCUCACCCUCCUCCCACACAGAGUGAUGGUUAUCCCAACAGACCAACAAUAUUACCUCCACCACACACGACUGAUCAUGUUGGCAGCCCACCUGGACAACCAGUACCUACCAAUUCAUUGGCUGGGUCAAAUGGCUUUAUUGGUCCUGACCCAAUGCAGCCAAGCCUGUCCCAUAUGGAGCAUAAUAUACCAAGCAGUGCAAUGGUAUCUCACAUAGGGGGUCCACCUGUCCCCCCAGGUCACCCACCAGAGAAGCCAUAUAUUGUACCUCAACCCUCUCCACAUGCACCUCCUGUGAGUGUACCAGUACCCGUACCUGUACCACCGCCACCUCCACCUCCUGGAGCUCCACCCAAAGUAGUCAUGGACCACUCUCAACCCAGACUGCAUCAGUCAAAUCAUUCCUUUGGACGAGAGAGCAGUGAAUCUUCCAGAAAUACAACAACAUGGGCAGGAGAUAACACCAGAGCUUACAGAGGCACAAUGGAAGCUCAUCUAUCUGCUAACAUCCCUCCCUCUGGUCCAUUCUGGCAAGGGAACUCUCAGAUGCAAAGUGAUGCUGCUCUGAGUCAGGCUUUAUCCAACCAUCCAGGCCCUGAACACUGGUGUUCCAUUGCAUAUUUUGAGCUUGAUCAACAAGUCGGUGAAAUUUUCAAAGUUCCGUCAAGUUGUCCGACUGUUACAGUUGAUGGUUAUGUUGAUCCAUCUGGGGGCGAUAGAUUCUGUUUAGGACAAUUGUCAAAUGUACACAGAACAGAAGCUAGUGAAAGAGCUAGGUUACAUAUUGGCAGAGGAGUGCAAUUAGAUCUACGGGGCGAGGGCGAUGUUUGGGUUCGUUGUCUUAGUGACCAUGCAGUAUUUGUACAAAGUUAUUAUUUAGAUCGUGAGGCUGGACGAGCACCAGGGGAUGCAGUUCACAAAAUUUAUCCUAAUGCAUACAUCAAGGUGUUUGAUCUUCGUCAAUGUCAUCAACAAAUGAGACAGCAAGCAGCAACGGCACAGGCAGCUGCAGCAGCUCAGGCUGCUGCUGUUGCUGGCAAUGUGCCUGGAGCAUCCUCUGUAGGUGGAAUUGCACCAGCAGUCA